UUGAAAAAAAAAAAUAAAAUUGUGUCCAAAAUAAUAACCGUUAAAAAUGUUACAAAACGAUGCCGUGCGAAAUUUGCAGUACGACAGCGAAAUUCGUGUCGCGCAACAAAAUAACGCCGAACCGAGAGUUUAUGAUGGACCAAUCAGCAUUACCUCACAACCGACAACAGCACCGGAACGUAUACCGUUACCACUACCAGUUUCAACGGUAGGCAACAGUUUACCGGCACACCGCAGUUUUAACAUACCCAUGACCGGUUAUGAUUUUCUCACAGAGUUGCCAUCGGUGCAUAUUGAACAAACAUUUGAAUUGAAUGAGGCUUUAACGUCGGUCUCUUCUGAGAACCGCUAUGUCGUGCGCUCACCACUCGGCGAUGCCAUCUACGCCGCUUCGGAGAGUUCAACCUCUAAUCAUCGACUGUUGUGUGGCGCCGCACGUCCCUUCCAAAUGCAUUUGUUGGAUAAAACACAUCAGGAGGCAUUGCUGUUUCGCAAGCAAUUUGCGCUCGGUGCCAUGUGCUGUCAUCCCAAAAAUCUGGAGGUAUGGACACCGCCGGGUAAUUUAAUGGGGCGCGUAGUACACUCGCCCACAUUUCUGCGACCUGAAUAUUUCAUACAAGACGGUGUUACCGGUGAGCCAAUAUUUUGCAUUGAAGGCCCCGAAAAUUCGGGCUUCUGCUGCUUCUGUUUGCCAAAAGAAUCGUUUUUCAAGAUACAUUCCGGCGGCGAUCUGCGCGCUUCCAUCGAUCACAAGUGGGUCGCGGGAAAAUCACAGUACACCACAAAUAUAUAUUAUAGUGAUACAAAAUUAUCGGCCAAGGAGCGCGCAUUGAUUUUGGGUGCGGCGUUUUUAAUGGAGUACAUGUAUUUCCAAACUCGACUCUGAGCCGAGAAAUUGCGAAACAACAGUCUGGCAGCACUUUCUGUAAAAUAUAUUAUACAUUUUAUAUUGGGACUA